CAGCUUUUCUUUUAUUGGACUGUCUCCCCUUAACUGGGAAGGGCUUAUUCAAAUGUAAUAAAUAGCUUAUAAAAUAUCAGGAACUCUUAGCGUGUUGUGGAACAUAGAGGGAACAGCUUUUUAACACGAAAACUCAAGCAAUUGCUGCCAUGGCGGGGAAGCCAGUCCUUCACUACUUUGAUGGCAGGGGAAGAAUGGAGCCUAUCCGGUGGCUCUUGGCUGCAGCUGUUGUGGAGUUUGAAGAACAAUUUCUGAAAACUCGGGAUGACCUGGCAAGGUUAAGAAAUGAUGGGAGUUUGAUGUUCCAGCAAGUGCCCAUGGUAGAGAUCGAUGGGAUGAAGCUGGUGCAGACCAGAGCCAUUAUGAACUACAUUGCCUCCAAAUACAACCUCUAUGGGAAGGACAUGAAGGAGAGAGCCCUCAUUGACAUGUAUACAGAAGGUGUGGCAGAUCUGGAUGAAAUAGUUCUCCAUUACCUUUACAUUCCCCCUGCAGAGAAAGAGGCAAGCCUUGCCAAGAUCAAGGACAAAGCAAGGACCCGUUAUUUCCCAGCCUAUGAAAAGGUGUUGAAGAGCCACGGACAAGAUUUUCUCGUUGGCAACAGGCUGAGCAGGGCUGAUGUUUACCUGGUUCAAAUCCUCUACCAUGUGGAAGAGCUGGACCCCAGUGUUUUGACCAACUUUCCUCUGCUGAAGGCACUGAGGACCAGAGUCAGCGACCUCCCCACAGUGAAGAAGUUUCUUCGGCCUGGCAGCCAGAGGAAGCCUUUAGAGAAUGCGAAAUGUGUCGAAUCUGCACUUAAGAUUUUCAGUUAAUUCAGGCAUCUGUGGAUACAUAGCACCCACAAAGCCAACCUUCUAAAGUUUUCAACAAUGAAUGUUUUGACUGAAUGCUGACCCUACAUAUUGGGAAGCUGACGUGUUUUCUAAGGCUUCUGUGUUGUCAUAUACAUAUAACUUAUGAGGAAUUGUUGGGUUGCUAUUUGGUUGUAGUCAAAAUUGCAAAUAUGAUCACUUCCUCCAAUAUCACUUUGAAUUUCAAUAAAAACCAAACAAGCUUCUUAGACUCUGGAAUAUUCAAACAUUGU